AUGUCAAAAUCACAAAAAUUAGCUAAAAUUAUCGGAAUUGAAUCUUAUCCGUCAUUGUUUCGUAAAUCUGAAAAACAGGUAUCUUCAGCAGUUACUACUAUAUCUAGUACAAAUUCAGAAAACGAACACCAAUUAAAACAAAACAAUACCGAUGAAGGUCUAUCAUAUCCGUAUUCAAGAUUUACUAAGUUUCAAAAGUAUGGGUUAGUUGCUCAAUGUGCUUUCACAGGUUUUUUUUCUAGCAUUGCUGGUGCAAUCUAUUAUCCAGUUCUAAAUAUCAUCGAAGAUGAAUUUAAUAUCACCGAAGAACAAGCUAACAUUACAAUUGUUGUCUAUUUCCUUUUCCAGGGUAUCACUCCUAGUAUUAUGGGAUCUAUGGCAGAUACUUAUGGUAGAAGGCCAAUUGUUCUUAUAUCUGUCUUAAUUUAUUUUUGUGCAUGCAUUGGUUUAGCUUGUGUUCAAAAUUAUUCCCAAAUUAUUGGCCUAAGAUGUCUUCAAGCAGCUGGUAUAGCACCUGUUAUUGCUAUUAAUAGUGGUGUGUGUGGUGAUUUUACUACAAAGAAAGAAAGAGGUGCUUAUGUUGGUUAUGUAAGUGGAUUUGUUGUCAUUGGAUUUGCCUUCGGUGCAUUAAUAGGUGCUGGUCUUUCUGCUACGUGGAGUUGGAGGGCUAUCUUUUGGUUUUUAGCUAUUGGCUCAGGUGUAUGUUUCAUUUCGACAUUUAUUUUUCUACCUGAAACUAAAAGAACUAUUGUUGGUAAUGGUUCUAUAACUCCAAAAGGUUAUCUUAAUAUAGCACCAGCUUUAACAAUUCCAGCUAUUAGAACAACAUUACAUUUAGAUAAUCCAGAUUUUGAUUCUCUAGAGAUAAAGGUAAAAAAAUCUAAUUUUGCAAUAUUAGAAAUUCUAAAAAAUCAUCAAAUAUUAAUUUUAUUAACUGUUGCUGCUAUCCAGUAUUCUUGUUGGACAACUCAUCAAGCUGCUUUAACUACAGUACUAAGUAAAAAAUAUGGUUUAGGUGUUACAAAGAUUGGUUUAUGUUAUUUACCAAAUGGUAUUUGUUCAUUAAUUAGUAUGAUUACGUGUGGUAAAUAUUUAAAUUAUAAUUAUGAAAAAAAUGUUCAAAAAUAUAAAGAAUGGUUAAAAGAACAAAAGAUCAUUUUAUUGCAAGAAAAUAAUCAGGAUGAAGAUAUUGUUAAAAACAUGAUUGAUGAAGAUCCUCAAUAUUAUUUUAAUAUUGCUAAGGCAAGAUUACAGCCAGCAUUUAUUACGUUGUUAUUAAGUAAUUUGGGUUAUAUUGCAUAUGGUUGGUGUAUUGAAGUUAAAGCUCCAUUAGCAUCUAUCUUAGUUACAAGUGGAUUUGCUUCCCUAUUCAGCAGUUGUAUUUUAACUAUGGCCACUACCUUAUGUGUUGACGUAUUUCCAUCGUUAUCAUCCACUGCAAGUGGUUGUUUAAAUUUAUUUAGAUGUGUCUUUUCAGCAAUCUUUAUUGCUUGUUUAACACGUAUGGUUGACAAAAUGAAUUACGGGGGUGUGUUUACAUUUAUGGCAUGCCUCUCAAUGGUUUCUUCCUUUUUAUUACUAUUUGUCAUUAAAGAAGGUAAGAGAUUAUUUUUUGAGAGUAAGAUCGAACUCUAA